UUUGUUGAGCAUUAUCAAUCAAAAUUUUAUGUAAAAUUCAUGGGAAAUGAAAUCAACAAAUCGAAGAACUGUAAGAAAAUAUAGAAAAACUAGAGUAACUAAUGAAAAGACGGGCACAAUGUUUCUAAUGCACAAUGAAUUGAGACAAUUGCGCAGUGUCCUGGCGGCCAUGCUGAGGGAUCAGGAACAGGCAAGGGAGCAGGCCAAGGCAAAGGCCGAAGAGAAACACAGAGCCAAGAGCUCCCGUAGACGUAAGACCCCAAAGAGAUCGAAGAGCAGUCAAGUGGAUUUCGAUGACAAUCCGACGACAAUAAGUGACUGCCCACAAAUGGCUCUUAUCACUCAGCAGGCUCAGCGCAUUGAGGAGCAACAAGAAAUGCUGCAUCGCAUCAAACUCUGCUAUGAGCGCCAAGUGGCCAAUAUCAAGUCGAAUGCCCAAUUGCUGGAAUGCCAGUUGAAUAAGCUUCAAAUGCUCCUUCAGGCUCAUUUGGAACAAAAUCCGGAUACCAGUUUUCGCCUUGAUAGCUACUACAAUGAGAUACUCCAGGCCGUCGAUAAGAUGCAAUCGCAUGGCAUUAAUGUAUACGAUUCGCCCAUCGUGUCGCAAAGCUCUUCCAAUGCCAUCCAUAAUGUGAAUAGCUCUUUGCAUUGCUGCUCUAUGGAAUCUUUGCACUUUGUGGACAAUGCUUAAGCAGCCCGACAAAUUCGGCCUACCUGAGCAUUAUCCAGAAAGUGUAGAUAUAUAUUUUAAAAUUUCGAAUAUUUUAAAUUACAAAUAACACCAUUAAUACAUAUCUUGAAA